UGAUCGUCUCGCUGUGGGACAAGUUCUCAGAGCCACACUUCCGGCCCUUCCGAGCCGAGUAUUCAUGUCGUUCGGCCUGUCGAGUGUCAUACCGGGCGUCCAUUGGCUCAUUAGUCACGGUCUCACCUCAUGGAUCGAGUCGUCGAUUCGGGCCUCGUUUACGAGUCUUAUAGUGAUGGGCGCACUCUAUAUUACAGGUGGCCUUCUGUACGCCUCCCGAAUUCCCGAACCAUUCUUCCCCGGAAAAUGUGAUUAUUGGUUUCAUUCGCACCAAUUGUUUCAUAUACUUGUGAUUUGCGCGGCUGUCGUCCACUAUCACGGCAUCACAUGUAUGGCCGAC